AUGCCCAGCCCUAGUUCGUCUCGCAAGAGCACCAGUACUGAAGUGCCAACCAUUCCGCAGAUUCACAUCAUGUCGCCUCCCCAGACCAGCACCACCAAACCCCGCCGCCAGCCCCGGGACACUGGCUUCCCCGAGCCAUUUGACGAAGGCCGUACUACCACGCUCCCCCAUCCCGAGGCCGAUCUCUCCCCCAACGCCACCAUAUCCCACGAGGAACUGGCCGUUGACCGGGCCCUCAAGCGGGGCAGACUCUUCUCCCGUCCCAAGCACAGGCGUACCAUCGGUCACGGCGUCAUCAGCCCGCAGAUGGAGGCCCUCCACAGCGUCCUGUCCCUCUCCAUUAUCAGCACCGACUCCUUCCCCCGAGACCAACCUAGGCUUGUCAGUCAUUCGACGUCGAGCCUGAGGAUGUCCAAGGACGGUGCCGAGAGCAUGCGCUCCAAGCGGGCCGAUGAUGAGGACACGCCGCCUACAUCCCCCGACGUGUCGGAGCAUCGCCGCAAGAAGGGCCUGCUAUCCAGACUUCGAGGCAAGAGCUAG